AUGACGCCACAGGCGCCACGGCCUCCACACCCGCCACGGCGAUUGUCUUUUCCUGAUGACUUGGUCGUUAGAGGAGGUGGAGGCAAGCUUCCCCCAUCGCGGUAUCUCGUCAAGUUCCCUGGGGGGUACAAGAACGAUGACCCGGGUCUUAACGUCAACUUGUACGAUCCGGAGGUUUGGUAUGGACAGGGCUCUUAA